AUGUUCAAGUCUACCCAAUUCACACGCCCAACCCAGUUCGAGGAGUACUCCUCGGACAAGACCAACUCUGCACAGGUCGCCAUCUACAAUGAGGACGACCUGUCGCACUUGCUGUACAUUGAGCGCAGCAAGGCUACCACCCAUGGAGACCAUGUCAUCAUAAACGAGGUCGAGCACGACGAGCCCGAAACUCCCUUUGAGAGCCCUCUAGACACGGGUAUCCACACCCCUGCCUCGGACGACAAUGAGAGCGCCAUCCUCAGCGACUGCGAGACGGAGAGCGAUCUAGAGAUCCCUCCGUCCCCGUCGCGACUUCGGGGUGGCACCAUGUCGAUCUCGGACGAUGACUUCGAGUUUCCCAUAUUCCUCGGCAGACAGGAAGAAGAAGAGCUACCGUCCGCCACCCCGGCCCCGGCCCCGCUCCGGCCAGCGCUCCGUCGCUCCAACCCACCGGCGCAGGUGCUAGUCAAUACGGCAGGCAGCGAAUGCAAGCACGUUCAGAUUGUGCCGCCGAAACACCACGUGGCUGCCAUCGAGGGCCCUUUGAUGUCGUGGUGGCCCGAGCCCGUGGAGGGCAUGGAGUACCAGUGGGUUCAAAGGCCCAGUAAGCCAACGAUUCCCAUGGAGCAGCACGUCUCGCAUGUGGACGGGCCCCUAAUGUCAUGGUGGCCGGCCCCCAUUGAGAUGAUGGAAUACGAAUGGAAUGAAAGAUUUUACGAAUAA